AUGCCUUUGAACGAGGAGAGUAGUGCGACGCUUGGUCAGCGAAAGGCACACUGGGAACACGGAAAGCGACGCGACGUCGAGUACUUGGCGCAUGGAUGUAUACGAGGUCGCGGUUAUACUGCGGUCCCGUUCGAACAACUAGACUUCAACCAGCUGUACAGUUUAUGCCCCCAGAUUCCACGUUCAAAGGAGAAAUUAAAAAAAAAGGUUAUCGACUUUGGACACAAAUUACGGAAGAAGAUGUUCAGCUCCACUCCAGUCGUUGUCUCGGACGGGGAUAUUGAGACAGCUAAGAGAUUAGGCCUCUUGUUUGGGGAGCUCUCCGUACCGGCUACAGUCGCGCUGCUUCGUCUCCAACCGCGGAAAUCUACUGGCUAUCAAGACGUGGCUAUGCGGGUAAUCCAAUCGCUCGGUCUUGGAGAAGCGGAAUGCAGCAGCCUUGCGACGGGGUACUGGUGUCAGACAGGAGCAGUACAUACGCGUGAUACUAAUGGCAGUACUGCUAGGCGAUAUCGCGACGUAAGAGAGUGGAUCAAACUACUUCGUACGAUCAGCAACCAUGACUUCAGCCGGACCGGAGAGAAGCGUAAGAGGGUGGAUUCUGAUACUGAGUCCGAUACUGAUAUCGACGAGUAUAGCAAGCGAGUACGGAGACCUUAUGGUUUACGAUCACGUCCGACAACGCGGACAGCGAAGAAUGCUGAAGCAGAUUAG